UCAGCCAUGUGGUAGGCCGGUGAACUUGAACUUGAAAUGUCCGCCCGAGUUUCAUAAGAUUAUUGGUGCACAUAUACUUCAAAAAUGAGCGUGGAUAACCUUUUCCUGCAAUUAAGGAUUUUGACUCAUCGUCUUCUCUCAAACAAUAAGAAGAAAACACAGCAGAUUUUGUUCAAACGAGCUACAACGCUAGCUGAAAAGAAGGGGGACGCCUUCUGGCAGACAGCGAUUGUCCGAAAACUUUUAGACCAAUUUGGAAUAUUGAAUGAUUUGACAAUUAAGCAGUGCAAUGGUGUUGUUGCACAGCGUUUACGGAGAACAACACAGAUUUUGUUUUUGUACAGAAGAGUUUACGGAGAGUCUGUGGUUCGGAUCAUUAACAGAUUUAGUGAUCCCUUUAUGAGAAAUGGAAAAAUCAAGAGUGCGUUUUGUCUUUACGGAGCAGCUUUGUUUUCUUGGCAAAAUAACCAACUAACUGACUCUGAUCUAGAAAGCUGUAUUGAAGACAUGAAACACAUACAGGACAUGUUGAAUGCAGACUCCGAAAAUGGUGCAGGAAGUGAUGUAGACAAUGGUUCUCAAAGUAGGGGAAAUGAAAACAAUGUCAGUCAGGGUGACAGUUGUGUCAGCCGUUACUUGGAGACAUGGUCCUGUGUCAUGAAUAACCCCAAUUUCAAACUUUGGAGCAAACCUGUCGAAGGAUCACGUGUUGAGGAAUAUAAAGUAUAUGGCACAUAUCACGACAUUACACCUAUGUCAUUCUACACAGUACAGGUGGACUUGCAGUAUAGAAAGAAAUGGGACAAACGCGUCGUCAAACUAGAUGUGGUUGACCAGGACAAAGGGUCAGGAGCAGAGAUAGUUCACUGGGUUACAAAAUUUGUGUGGCCAAUGGCAGACAGAGAGUAUGUCUUUAUGCGAAGAUACAAGAUUGAUCGUCAGAAGAAUGUGAUGGUGCUCAUGUCUCAUAGUACAGAUCAUCCCAGCAUUCCAGAAAGCAAAAAAUGUGUGCGAAUUACCAAAUACGAGUCAGACCUAGUCAUCAAACCUCAUACAAACUUCAACGAGAAUGGUUUUGACUAUGUUUUGACUUACUAUGAUGAUCCCGAGUCCUCCAUUCCAUCAGUGGCUUAUGAGUGGGUAGCAACUCAAGGCUUACCAAAAUUUCUUGAGGAAGUCCACACUGCUGCGAGAAACCUCCAGGAAACCAAUCAGAACCAGAACAGUUUGAGUAAUAAUGACUCUAAUUCAAACCAGAACAGUUUGAGCAAGUGUGACUAUACGCCAACCAUUGCACAAUACUGCUGAUCAUACUUCUGUACAUAUUUAUACCAAAGCAUUUGCAGCUUCCCUGACUUCUAUGGAAAACAUCACAUGCUUUACAGCAUUACUUUGUUUGUGAUUGCAGUGUCUUAAUAAUCAAUGAUAUUUCUUUAUAAAGUUCAAAGGUAACUGUGAAUUUUAUGAUUUUGUUGGUUUUUUUUUUUUUUUUUUUGUUUGGAAGGUGUAUUGUAUAUUUCAAAGUAUCGAGUUGUGUAUGUGUAAUGUUUUGUAAAUUCCAUAAUCAUUUGAUAUUAUUAUUUCUAAAAGUAUUGCAACAUGUAAUAUUAAGGUUCACUAAUCAUACAGAACCAUCACAGGGAGAGUUUGUGAUUUAAAACAGGACACUGAAGACAACAGAAAAUUUAUUUCUAUUUAUUCCGUUUUAUGUUUACAUCAGGAGGUUAGUAUGUUGAACUCUGCAGAAAUUAAACGGAAAAAAUCAGAAAUAGUAAGCGCUAUAUAUUGAUAUUGAAAAAAGAACUGUUUGGUAUUAUUUAAAGCACUAGCAGUAAGCAUGAUUAAAAAUAAUGAAUUAUCUCUUUGUACCGAAGCCAGAUUGCCAAAUGAAAAAUGUAGUCAAUAAUGUAAACAGUAUAUUUUCCUGCUUCAGUGCAAGCUCAUCCUUUUCUUGCCACCUUCAAAGUGGAAAAUCUUGCACCUUUUGUAAGGACUAUUAUUAUCAACAGGGUUUAUAUGUAAUAAUUUGUGUGCUUGUUUUUCUCAAGAAGUUGUCAGAAAUGACUUCAAGGUGAUGUUGCUUCAUAGUCAAAUGUGUCUGAACUUUCUUGUAUAAUAAUAAUAAUUUCUUGUAUAAGUCUUAGUUUCUAUUUGUGUCAAAAGGUGAAUGGUGAUGCUAUUUUACAGUAGUCACGUAAAAAAAAUCUGUUCUAAGAUUAAAUGUAAUGAUUUUGUUUUCAUUUCAUCAUUUUUGUAAAAAUGAUUUAAUAUUUAGAAACUCAUACCUUGGAUAAGAACAGUACUAGUCACUUGUGCGUCUCUUGUACAAUGACGUGGGUUCACCAAUGAACUCUUUGAAAGUGCUGGUACCUUUGAUUUUUAAUAGGUUAAUGAUUGAUAUUCAUUAAUUGACCCAAUACAUGGCUAUGAUUGAAAAAAAUUAUUGGAAUGACAUGUAAUUUAAUUACAUGAUAUCAUUUCUAUUUCAUUUCAAACUGAAAGUGUAUAAUUUUGUUAUCAGUUUCAAUUUUGUUUGAGAUGUGCUUUUGUUAUU